UUUAUUUAACCCUUAUCUUACCAGGUAAGUUGACUGAGAACACAUUGUAAUGACCUGGGGAAUAGUUACAGGGGAGAGGAAGGAGAAUGAACGAGACAAUUGGAAGCUUUAGGAUGCUGCACUGUGACCCCAGCUAGGUGGCUGACGGUGACCCUUUAAAAUAAAGAUGUUCGAUUGCAGGUGUGAAGUUUACACACUAAUCAGGAAACCCGGAUUUCUGAUCCUAGAAUAUCUGGCUUGCUUUUUUUGAGAUUUACCCCACAUCUUGUGCCAAUCACAUCCCUGAAUCUCCAUGUAAAAUUCCCCUCACACCCAGCUUUGAUAUACAUAUGAAACCGACAAACAAAGUUUAGACCACCAGCAUCUCUCCCAAUUGCUUAUCUCUCCCGUUCUCUUUAAAUAACAACCUCAAGUCCAUCAACGAUCCUCCAGCUGGUCUGUGGCCUGGGUUGGAGGACAGUUUUGUCCCUCAAUCCCCGUUGUAUACAUUAACUCACACAGGAUUUCAUUCUAUGUUGCGCUCCUCAUUUUGUCACCGUCAUGCCCUGCCUGCUGUGACUUGGUGAGAAAGUGAAAAUAUCCAACAGGCAGCAGAAGUGAAGCGGGUGUUUUUCCACUGAACUGGGUUGUGAUUCCAAGAAGCAAAAGUGAAAGAGUGGAGUGCCUCCAUUCGCUUAAGGUCAGGAGUCGCAUGAAGCCCUGAGUGUAGAGAGACACAACUCCACACAGCUCUGCCACUCCAGUGUCUUUGUGAUGGUGUGUGAGUCGACUCGGUACAUCUCCAAUGUGUGUUGUCUGUUGAUUUCUGUGCGAGUCUGACUGGACAAAGGCAGUAUGGUCAGCGUGGCCUUCGUGGAUCAUGGAACCCGAUGAUGGGCAAUACCACUUGAAUGCCCCUAUGCCCGAUAUGCACAUGGACAUGUUCAGCCAUUCAGGGUUCCAUGACGAUUUCCUCAACCUCCCCAGGAACGGAGACUUCCCUCAGGACCUGUCCUGCAUCGAUGACCUCUCCAACUCUCUGUUCUCCUCUCCGGCCGACUCGCUGUCAGAGUACGCCGAUGCCCAGGCCUUCAUCCCCACAGAUAACCUGGCCCACGUGCCCACGAUAUGGGACAUAAACACACCAGCACAGAGCCAGCUGGAGCUGAAUGUCAACAGGUUUCAGGGUUUGAACAGUUUGGAGGAUAUCUCUGCCAUUAUCAGCACCCCACCUUUGGGAGGAUACCAGGCUCAGAGAAACCAGACUCCGGCAGAAGAGGAGGCAGAGGAGGAGGAGGAAGAGACAGAGGAGCUGGGACAUGUAGACACCUACGCUGACUACAAACCAUCCAAAUCCACCAUAGGGAUCUCCCACCCAGACAUAGUGGUGGAGACCAACACGCUGUCCAGCGUCCCUCCACCUGACAUCACCUACACUCUGUCCAUUCCUGACUCCACCAUCAACUGUGGCCUGCUCUCUGCCCUGCAGCUAGAGGCCAUCAUCUACGCAUGCCAGCAACACGAGGUAAUUCUGCAGAACAACCAGAGAGCAGGCUUCCUAAUAGGAGACGGUGCCGGAGUAGGUAAGGGCCGCACGGUGGCCGGCAUCAUCCUGGAGAAUUACCUAAAGGGAAGGAAGAAGGCGCUAUGGUUCAGUGUAUCCAAUGACCUGAAAUACGACGCAGAGAGAGAUCUGAAAGACAUAGAUGCUCCCACCAUUCCUGUGCAUGCCUUAAACAAGAUAAAGUAUGGAGACACAGCUACCUCAGAAGGAGUCCUGUUUGCGACAUACUCUGCACUGAUUGGGGAGAGCCAAGCAGGGGGGCAGCACCGCACCAGACUCAAGCAGAUCCUGGACUGGUGCAAGCCCGGCUUUGAUGGAGUUAUUGUGUUUGACGAAUGCCACAAGGCCAAGAAUGCUACGUCCACCAAGAUGGGCAAGGCCGUGCUGGACCUGCAGCACAACCUGCCACUGGCCAGGGUGGUUUACGCCAGUGCCACAGGUGCCUCUGAGCCAAAGAACAUGAUCUAUAUGAGCCGCCUGGGGAUCUGGGGCGAGGGCACGCCCUUCAAGACCUUUGACGACUUCCUGCACGCCAUCGAGAAGAGGGGUGUAGGCGCCAUGGAGAUUGUUGCCAUGGACAUGAAGGUGAGUGGGAUGUACAUCGCCCGGCAGCUGAGCUUCUCAGGGGUGUCCUUCCGCAUCGAGGAGAUCGGCCUGGAUGACGACUUCAAACUGGUCUACAACAAAGCUGCCAAACUGUGGGCGGAGGCGCUGGCCGUGUUCAUGCGUGCAGCGGACGAGCUGUGUCUGGUCAGCAGGAAGUCCCUGUGGGGUCAGUUCUGGUCUUCCCACCAGCGCUUCUUCAAAUACCUCUGCAUCGCCGCCAAGGUUCGCUGCCUGGUGGAGCUGGCCAAGAAAGAACUGAAAGCUGGCAAGUGCAUCGUGAUUGGUCUACAGUCCACAGGAGAGGCCCGAACCAGAGAGGUCCUGGAUGAGAACGAUGGGCACCUGGACAGAUUCGUAUCUGCAGCAGAGGGUGUGUUCAAAGCUCUGGUACAGAAACACUUUCCCUCGGAGAAGCAGAGGAGAGAGAAGGCGCGUGGAAACAAGAGAAAACGUAAGCCCAGGGGCCGGCAGCCCAAAUUCCCAAAGCACACCAUGGUGCAUCUGGGGGGCGUGAUCAACAUCAGUGACGACAGCAGCACGGACACGGACGGCAUGGACACCGACUCCAACUCCUCGCCAGACUCCCUGAUGGACAAUAACGAUGACGUCAUCUUCGUCCAGCACACCAGCUGUCACACAGCCAGUAUAGAGAAGAUGAAGCAGAGCCUCCUGAACAAGAUCGCUGACCUGGGAAAGGAACUACCUCUGAACACUCUGGAUGAGCUCAUUGACCAGUUUGGAGGACCAGAGAUGGUAUCGGAGAUGACGGGUCGUAAGGGUCGCGUGGUGCGGCGUCCUGACGGAAGCGUGCGCUACGAGUCGCGUGCAGAGCAGAGCCAUACCAUAGACCACAUCAACCUCAAGGAGAAGGACCGCUUCAUGUGUGGAGAGAAGAUGGUGGCCAUCAUCUCGGAGGCAGCCAGCUCCGGCAUCUCCCUGCAGGCAGACAAGCGGGUGAAGAACCAGCGUCGGAGGGUCCACAUAACCCUAGAGCUGCCCUGGAGUGCAGACAGAGCUAUCCAGCAGUUUGGUCGUACCCAUCGCUCUAACCAGGUGACGGCUCCAGAGUACAUCUUCCUCAUCUCUGAGCUGGCCGGGGAAAGACGCUUCGCCUCCAUUGUGGCCAAGAGACUGGAGAGCCUGGGUGCAUUGACCCACGGUGACAGGAGAGCCACAGAGUCCAGAGACCUGAGCAAAUACAACUUUGAAAACAAGUACGGUACCAAGGCUCUGGAUAAGAUCACCAAAGCCAUCCUGGGCCACAUCGAGAGCAAGGUGUCCCCUCCCAAAGGUUACCCCGGGGGUGAUGCUCUGUUCUUCAGAGACAUGAAGCAUGGCAUGAUGGACGUGGGUAUCUUCUGCAAGGAGCCACGGUUUGGUCUCAGCACUGAGAAAGACUGCAGCAUCACCAAGUUCCUCAACAGGAUCCUGGGCCUAGAGGUCCACAAGCAGAACUCUCUGUUCCAGUACUUCACCGACAACUUUGACUACCUGAUCGAGAAGGACAAGAAGGAGGGCAAAUACGACAUGGGAAUCCUAGAUCUGGCCCCAGGUAAUGAUGAAAUCUACGAGGAGAAGCAAGAGACCUUCAUGACAGUGGGAAACCCCCAGGACGGACAGGUCGUGCUCUACAAGAUCAGCGUGGACAGAGGUAUGCCCUGGGAGGAGGCCUAUGAGAAGGUCCAGAACCUCAACAGUCCUGACGAGGGCUUCUACCUCUCCCACAAGUUGCGGGGGAACCACCCAUGUGUGCUGCUGGCGGAGCAGGGUCGAGGGAGGAACUUCAUCGUCUACAAGCCCAACAUCGGCAAGCAGGCCCACCCAGAGAGCCUGGAUAACCUGCAGCUACGCUACCACAAGGUGACUCCAGACCAAGCCAAAGACAGCUGGGAGAGCCAGUUCAACUUCUCCUUUGGGAAAUGUAGCCAUGCUAACUGGAACGGGAAGUGUAAGAAGAUUGAGGAGGGUCAGGAGUGUCUGCAGGGAAUGCGUCUGCGCCAGUACCACAUGCUGUGUGGUGCGCUACUGCGCGUCUGGAAGUAUGUGGCCGACGUGGUCUCUGACAUCACCUGCUCCAGCAUCCUUCAGAUCGUACGCCUCAAAACCAAAAAUAGUAACAAGCAAGUCGGUAUCAAGAUCCCAGAGAACUGUGUGGCCCGAGUGCGGCAGGAACUUCUCAAAAUGGACGAGGAGGUGAAGAGAAGGCGCAAGGAGAAGGAGCAGCAGCGCGCCCAGGAGCAGCGGCUAGCCGAGGAGCGGCAGCUUCAGAACCAACAUCUGCUGGCCAAGCUUUACAGCCAGAGACAGACCCUGAACCACAGCUUCAAGAACCAGAACUUGUCGCAGAGCCUCAGCCAGGGCCUCAAGACCCAGCGCCUGAGCCUGGCCCAGGCCAAUCCUCUACAGGUCACGCCUCUACUCCAGCCCAAACUUUCACAGCUCAAACCCCAGCUCGGUCCAGUCAACAAGCUCCCCAGCAUGGCCAGCCCCACCUCCCACUUCUCCAAUUUCCCCCACCACUUCCCCUCCCUGCCCCUCCUGCAGCCCGACCCCUCCUCCUCCUCCAAGCCCCCUCGGACCGGGGAGGAGGUCUUAGACCUGACGGUGAGCCCCUCUCCCUCCCCAGACAGCAAAGAGAAAGGCCUGGUCCUCGACUGCCUGACCAGAGACGGCUUUGGCCUGGACUCUCUGAUAUUGCUGAGUGAGCUCGCCGCCCAGAACACUGCACACAAACUGCAGCAACCUUUACAGCCACUGCCACCACUGACAAAGCCACAGCAGCUACAGUCGCCACAGCAGCUACAGUCGCCACAGCAGAUACAAACACAGCUACAGUCGCCACAGCAGAUACAAACACAGCUACAGUCGCCACAGCAGAUACAAACACAGCUACAGUCGCCACAGCAGAUACAAACACAACUACAGUCGCCACAGCAGAUACAAACACAACUACAGUCGCCACAGCAGAUACAAACACAACUACAGUCGCCACAGCAGAUACAAACACAGCUACAGUCGCCACAGCAGAUACAAACACAACUACAGUCGCCACAGCAGAUACAAACACAGCUACAGUCGCCACAGCAGAUACUAACACAGCUACAGUCGCCACAGCAGAUACAAACACAGCAACGGUUGGACAUUCCGACUCUAAUCAACAGCGACCACCAGGACUACUAUGACAUCCUCAAACUGCUGGAAGAUCCAGACCAUCUGCCUUACUCUCUGUCUAGCCAGACAACUACUAACCCCUCCUCUUCCUCCAACACAGUGGCUCAAGUCUCGUCCGGCCUCUUCUCUUCCCCCUCUACCCCCCCCUCCUCCUCUCUCUUCUCUUCUUCGGUCCUGGCCCCCUCAGAACAGCAGCCACUCCCUCUGGCCAACGGCCACUGCAGCACGGACGCCCUCAUCAAUGUGCGCGAAGUGCUGGACAACAUGCUGCGGACCAGCGCAGACCGGCAGACGGUUAUCCAUUACCGGCUGCCUGAAUGGGACUCUGUGUAACCACAUCAUCAGUGUGGCUGUCUGAAUGGGACUCUGUGUAACCACCUUGUCAGUGUGGCUGUCUGAAUGGGACUCUGUGUAACCACCUUGUCAGUGUGGCUGUCUGAAUGGGACUCUGUGUAACCACCUUGUCAGUGUGGCUGUCUGAAUGGGACUCUGUGUAACCACCUUGUCAGUGUGGCUGUCUGAAUGGGACUCUGUGUAACCACCUUGUCAGUGUGGCUGUCUGAAUGGGACUCUGUGUAACCACCUUGUCAGUGUGGCUGUCUGAAUGGGACUCUGUGUAACCACCUUGUCAGUGUGGCUGUCUGAAUGGGACUCUGUGUAACCACCUUGUCAGUGUGGCUGUCUGAAUGGGACUCUGUGUAACCACCUUGUCAGUGUGGCUGUCUGAAUGGGACUCUGUGUAACCACCUUGUCAGUGUGGCUGUCUGAAUGGGACUCUGUGUAACCACCUUGUCAGUGUGGCUGUCUGUGUCCUCUAGCUGCUGAGUAUGAACGCACGCCUCAUCCCCUCUCCCCUCAGGGCCUAGUCACAUCACUGCCUGUCCUGUGCUCUUCUCCUCCUUAACCCUCCCAGGCACUGGAUCCACAGGCCAGGGUCACUUUCACUAGACCAAAUGUGUGGUCCCGUUCAGAGAUGGUAAACAUACGACCCAGGUGGAACUGGCCGGGUCCCUUCGCUGAGAGAGAGAGAGCAAAUGGUCUCUAUACGGCGUUUCUACACCAAGGCUUGACUCAAUGAAGAAACACAAAUCCAACAGGGUUUGAUUAUGUUUCUAUAACUAUCAAAAGCUCAUGUGCUUUUAAAAAAAUCCAACCUGGUUGCAAUUGUUUUUAAUUUUUUAUUGAGGAAACCUGAAUGUAGAAAUAUUUUUCUAGAACUACAGCUAGUCGCUACUGGUUAUGUUGGGUUUCACUGGUAACAUCGCUGAAUUCAAACUGCCUUUCAUGCACAUCUGUAUGCUUUUCCGCGUUGUCAUGUAAUUCGCUUCAUCGCCAUUGCAUCGACUUGGUUUGUUAAAACCAAGGGCUCUACUCAAAAACAUAAAACUGGAAAAAUCGACAAUG